AUGGAAGCCAUCCAAACGGCCUUUGGCCAUGAUGCCGAAUUAUGCGAUCGUAUCCUUGCCGCUGCAAAGGAGAACCGCGAUCAGAUGCAAUUGUUUGUCGACAUAGCCAGAUACAUGUCCCAAUACAUGUCUGGAAAGAGAACCUCCGACGACGAUGCCACCCAAGCUCCAGACGCAAAGAAGAGAAAGGUGCAGGCAAAUCAUUCUGCUGCUGGCCCGCCAACGUCAACUUCCAGUUCGGCCGCCAUCAUCAACCAACAAGAUGUUGCCAAUGUACUAUACUCAGUCCCGGAAACGAGCUUUGCAGUGCCACAAAGGAAAAAGAUGACAGUCCAAUUGGCUGCGAACACGCAAAGACUCGAAGAGGGAGUGCUCAAGGUCGUACAUGAGGCAUCAGGUGUCAAUCUAGCCGUUCCUUUCAGCAAGAUCGAGCAAGUCUUCUGUCUACCCGUACCCGAGAAAGCGGCGAGACAAUGGAACUUUGUCAUCUUUGCCAACCACACUGUUGACCUUAAGACUGGUGACAGAGCUACCGAGGCUGAACAAAUAGUGUGGACCAUGCCUGAAACAGCCCCUGCUAACGUCACGGCUGCCGAUGGCUUCAAACCGCUAGAUGUCGAUACAUAUGUGACCAGCACUAUGAGGUCGCUCAAUGUCUGCCUACAAGGCCAUGGCAAGAACGUCAUUAUUCCUACAGAACAAGAGUUCGCAAGCGCGAUACCGCAAAGCCAUAGAAAGGGCGAAGCUGCAUAUCAUGUCAAGGCUCACAAAGGAAGCAAGGAUGGCUACCUAUUCUUCCUUUCUGCUGGCAUUGUUUGGGCUUUCAAGAAGCCCUUGGCGCUUUUCACGUUCGAGAACAUCGAGUCUAUCUCGUACACAUCUGUCCUACAACGCACUUUCAACAUAGUCAUAACCACCAUGCCGGAUCCUGUCACCGGCGAGAAGCAAGAUAUCGAAUUUUCCAUGCUGGACCAAGCAGAUUUUGCCGGCAUAGACGAGUAUGUCAAACGUCACAACCUCAACGAUGCAUCUAUGGCAGCCGAUCGUCGCGCUAAGAAGCUCAACAUCAACCCCAAGCCGAAGACCGAGGCCACAGAUGCAGAGGGUGCGGACGCAGACGACGAUGACGAUGAGAUGACAGAGCUCCAAAAGGCCGAGCAAGCCCUACAAGACCAAGAAGACGAGGAAGAAGAGGACUAUGAUCCUGGCUCCGAAGGCGAGAGCGAAGGCUCCGGAUCCGAUUCUGAAGACGAAGAAGAAGGUGGCGCAGAAGGUGGUGACGACGAAGAGGAAGAGGAAGAGCUUCUCGAGGAUGAGGAGGAGUAG